CCUCAGGAGGUCGUUGGUAAAGGAGCAUUUGGUAUUGUUCGCGUUGCCCACAAAACAGAACCAAAAGUACCGGGUGAAAAACUUUUUGCUGAAUUCAAAAAGCGUCAUAACGAACCUUCAAAAAAAUAUAUGAAACGUUUAACAUCGGAGUUUUGUAUCUCCUCUUCCCUUCACCAUAUCAAUGUAAUCGACACAAUAGAUUUACUUCAGGAUACCCAGGGAAACUAUUGCGAAGUUAUGGAAUAUUGUGCUGGUGGUGAUUUAUACUCCUUAAUUCUUUCUUCAAGUGGCUUAGAACAAGGUGAAGCGGACUGUUUCUUUGGUCAAUUGAUUAAUGGGGUUAAAUAUUUGCAUGAAAAUGGUGUCGCUCAUCGUGAAUGUUUCCGGAUGGCAUGGGAGACACAACCUCAUUUAUCACGUGGGGUUUGCGGUAGUGAACCUUACAUUGCUCCCGAAGAGUUUACUGGUAAUUGGUUUGAUCCAAGACUUGUGGAUGUUUGGGCUUGCGGAAUCAUUUACAUGGGAAUGCUUACUGGUAGACAUCUUUGGCGCGUCGCCAAAGCUCACGAAGAUUUUAAUUACAAUUAUUACCUAGAAUCAAGGCUUUGUGGUGGGCCUCUUUUACCUCCUUUCCAAAGAUUAAGUGAUAGUGGACGUCGCGUAAUAAACAAGAUAAUAGAACCAAAUCCUAAAUUGCGUAUCACUGCCGAGCAAAUUAUUGAGGAUCCUUGGUUCUUACAACUUGAUAUUUGCCACAGACCAAAAACAAAAAAUGCUCAGUUACCCACAAAUACAAUGUGUGGUGUAAAUGCUACAAACCAGCAACCGACAAAUAUGAACAAAUUACCUAUCAUAAACAUG